AUGGCCUAUUUAGCAUUUUCAGAGCUUUGUUUAAUUAUGCGAAUAGAUGACCCUCUCGAUGCCUUUGCUGUUCAUUUUGGGGGUGGAUUGUGGGGGUUAAUUAGUGCUUGUUUGGUUACUGAAAAGGGGCUUCUUUUCUCUUUAAUUGACCCAGAAAAAGUUAAAUUUGAUGAAGCAUUAUGGCAACUUUGUUGGCAAAGUGUUUGUGCUGUAGCAAUAAUUGUUUGGUCAGCACUUGUAUUAACUCCAGCUUUUCUAAUUCUAAAAGCAUUUGGAAAAAUGAGGGUGCCCAGAGAAGUAGAGAUACGUGGAUUGGAUAUUUUCAAACAUGGGGAGGCAGCAUAUCCUUUGACUGCUUAUGGACACGGAUGGGGGGAUGGAGCUGAAUUUGUAAUUACUUCAUUACAGGAUGUUGGGGGUGAUGCUGUAAAUGGUAAAAAUAAAUAA